CUUGCUUCUUUUCGUCCUCAGCUACUAGCUUAAGGGCGGGCCCGAUAAAAGUGGUUGGCAUCCAUAGUUCAUCCAAAUCGCCACAUUCUCUGUAUACAGCAAAAUCUUCAACUUAUUUGAGAAGAUGGCGAUGAUGGCAAAAGGAAUCACGACUCUGGCAAAAGAGCUCCAAAACCGAGACAGGAAGGUUGUAAUAUGUGAAACGUUUUUCUACCUGUUAAUUAUUUCGGUGGCAAUCAUCGGAAACUCCUGCGUUCUUCUGGCGGUUUACAGAAACUCAAGACUCCGAACGAUUCCUAACUACUACAUCGUGUCUCUGGCGAUCUCUGAUAUUCUUUUACCCUUGUUGUGUGCUCCUAAUUCUAUAGUUGUUGCCAUCGUUGGUUAUUGGCCAUUUAAUGACAACGUUUGCCAGACUCAAGGAUUUUUUGUCAUAAUCUUGGCUUGCGCCUCUUUGUUAACCUUGACUCUGACUGCAAUCAAUCGGUUUUACCGACUGGUGCUAACGAAACGUUAUCGACGAAUUUUUACGAAACGGAGAACCUUAAUUAUGAUAGCAUUUGGAGUCGGCUUAGCUUGUCUGGAACCAUUACCUUAUUUAAUUUCGGGUCGACGUUAUGUCUUCCAUCCCGGAAAGUUGUUUUGCUUCCAAACAGCUGAAAUUUCCUUUCCAAAUUUCAUCGUGUAUUUCUAUGUCGGAGUGCCUACUUUUACUUUAAGUAUAUGCUAUGCUCUUGUGUUCAGACAAAUACGUAUUCACCGGAGAACAGUUCAAAAUUUGCGAUCGUGUUCUACCGCUGUGGAUAACAUAACUCAUGCGGAUGUCAGAGUAACGAAGAUUCUGUUCAUCACGGUGAUGGGACUUUUGGCCUGUUGGAUGCCAAUUGCGGUAAUAGAUUUUAUAGACACGUUCCGAGGUGAAGUUUCCUUUCCGAGACAAGUCUAUGUUUUCUAUCUAUUUCUGGGCAAUUUUUCAGGGGCAAUUAAUCCUUUUCUUUACGGUUUUUUGAACAGGAAUUUAAGAAGAGAAUAUAGAAAGAUUUUUUCUUUAAGGAAAAGAAACUCGAGACUGCAACAUUUGCAAAUAGAUUUAACUUCAUUUUCGACUCGAAACCCUUGUAGCACAGAACUCACCGCCAAUUAAAUCUUGCGCUCGUGAUUAUUUUUGGUUGUUCAAGAUAAUGGAACAUGAGUAUGUCUGAUUCUCUUCUACUUCAUAUGUCGUGAGGUGGCAAGAAUGAACUCAAUGCCGAAGCACGUGAAAGCACUGAUUCAGCAAAGUACAAAUACUCCUCGUUCAGAUUUGGCAAAAUGUCCAUCAAUGCAUUUACAGAAACGGAAAGAAACCAUUUAUUUCAUCAUUCUUUUAUCUUAUUUUUUUACACGUCAAAGUUUUCAGUUGUACUUGCGGUACUUUUAAGACGUAUUUUUUUUCAUAUAUUUUUUCUAUUAAAUGUUUAGUGUUUUUCUUUAUUUUGUGCGACUGACCACUAAAUAAACACGGAAAUAAUUCAUUUGUCUCUUAGCCGUUGAAGGAAACAAUU